GCCGGGGCGGUGCCGCCCGCACCAGCCGGCAGCGGGGCCGGGGCCGGGCCGGAGCGCGGGAGACACCGCGGGCGAGCAGCGAGACUGGAACUGAGCUCUGGAAAAACAAAGUGGAGCUUGGAGCAUGUGGCCUGAGGACUGCCUUACCAAGCCAGGGGUGGUAGCUAAGAAGUGAGCAGGAUGCCCCCAGGCAUUUACUGCCCUAUGGAAUUCUGGUCCAAGGGGGAAAACCAAAACAUCCAGGUGGACUUUCUGCUGCCCACAGGCAUAUAUUUAAACCUUUCUGUGUCCUGCAAUGCCAGCUUGGGCACCAUCAAGCAGGUGGUGUGGAAGCAUGCUCAGUAUGAGCCGCUGUACCAUAUGCUCAGUGAUCCUGAGGCCUAUGUCUUCACGUGCAUCAACCAGACAGCAGAGCAGCAGGAGCUGGAGGACGAGCAACGGCGGCUUUGUGACAUCCAGCCCUUCCUGCCGGUGCUGCGGCUCGUGGCUCGGGAAGGAGACAGAGUCAAGAAGGUUAUUAACUCCCAGAUCAGCCUGCUCAUUGGAAAAGGUUUGCAUGAGUUUGACUCAGUGCAGGAUCCAGAGGUGAAUGAUUUCCGCACCAAAAUGUGCCAGUUCUGCGAGGAGAGAGCAGCGAAGCGGCAGCAGCUCAGCUGGGCAGCUUGGAUGGAGUACAACUUCCCCUUGCAGCUGGAGCCCAUGGCCAAAGGCCCUGGCACUGGCCCUCUCCAUAUCCCCACCAAGAACAUUUUUGUCAACGUCAAGUUUCAGUCUGGAGGGGAGAGCUUCACUUUCCAGAUCUCCCCAAAUGAGUUCCCCAUCACAUUAAUGAGCUAUGCUAUCAAGAAGCAGGCUACUGUCUUCCGCCAUGAGACACUGGAGAAGCCAGAGGACUACACCCUGCAGGUGAAUGGGAAAUGUGAAUACCUCUAUGGGAACUACCCCCUGUACCAGUUCCAGUACAUUCGCAGCUGCCUGCACCGAGGCCUGACGCCCCAUCUGACCAUGGUACACUCCUCCACUAUCAUUGCCAUGAGAGACGAGCAAACCAACUGUAUCACCAGCCCCCCCAAGACUGCUACCAAGCCUCCCCCGCUCCCCAAGAAAAAGCCAAACUAUGGUUCUCUGUGGUCCUUAGAGCAGUCUUUCUACAUCCAGCUGGUGCAAGGCAGCAAGGUCAAUGCAGAUGAGAGGAUGAAGCUGGUGGUGCAAGCAGGGCUCUUUCAUGGCAACGAGAUGCUGUGCAAGACGGUGUCAAGCUCUGAAGUGAACGUGUGCUCAGAGCCUGUGUGGAAGCAGAGGCUGGAUUUUGAUAUUAACAUCUGUGAUCUUCCCCGUAUGGCGCGGCUCUGCUUUGCCCUCUAUGCUGUCAUUGAGAAGGCAAAGAAGGCACGUUCCACCAAGAAGAAGUCCAAGAAAGCUGACUGCCCCAUCGCCUGGGUGAAUGUCAUGCUCUUUGACUACAAGGACCAGCUGAAAACAGGGGAGUGCUGCUUGCACAUGUGGUCCUCCUUUCCAGAUGAGAAAGGAGAACUUCUGAACCCCAUGGGCACGGUACAAUGCAACCCCAACACAGAAAGUGCAGCAGCCUUGGUCAUCUGCUUCCCCAGCGUUGCGUCGCAUCCUGUGUAUUACCCGUCAUUUGAGCAGCUGCUGGAGUUGGGGAGGAAUGGAGAACAACCCCGUGCUGCACCAGAAGAUCCUGAGGAGAAGCUGCAACUGAAGGAGAUCCUGGAGCGGAGGAGCCACACUGAACUAUAUGAGCACGAGAAAGACCUGGUGUGGAAGAUGAGGUACGAUAUUCGUGACCAGUACCCCCAAGCUUUGGCAAAGCUGCUCAUCAUCACCAAAUGGAACAAGCAUGAAGAUGUAGCCCAGAUGAUAUCCCUGCUUCAGACCUGGCCAGAGCUGCCUGUCCUGAACGCCUUGGAGCUGCUGGAUUUCAGCUUUCCUGACCGUUAUGUUGGUUCCUUUGCUGUCAACUCAUUAAAGAAGCUGACAGAUCACGAUGUGUUCCAAUACCUGCUACAGCUUGUCCAGGUGCUCAAGUAUGAAUCCUACUUAGACUGUGAAUUAACCAAGUUCCUGCUGGACAGGGCGUUAUCCAACCGCAAGAUCGGCCACUUCCUCUUCUGGCAUCUGAGGUCAGAAAUGCAUGUUCCUGCAGUUGCCUUGAGGUUUGGCCUGAUCCUGGAAGCAUACUGCAGAGGCAGCACCCACCAUAUGAAGAUCCUGAUGAAACAGGGAGAAGCACUCAACAAGAUGAAAGCUCUGAAUGACUUUGUUAAAGCAAGUUCUCUGAAGGCCACCAAGCCUCAAACCAAGGAGAUGAUGCACGUGUGCAUGAAGCAGGAAACUUACCUUGAAGCACUUUCCCACCUCCAGUCCCCCCUGAACCCCAACAUUAUCCUCGCUGAAGUUUGUGUGGAUCAGUGCACCUUUAUGGACUCCAAAAUGAAGCCUUUAUGGAUCGUGUUUAAUAAUGAAGAGACAGGUGGAGGUGGAGUGGGAAUUAUUUUCAAAAAUGGAGAUGAUCUUCGUCAGGAUAUGCUGACUCUGCAGAUGAUCCAGUUGAUGGACAUCCUGUGGAAGCAGGAGGGCCUGGAUCUGAGGAUGACCCCUUAUGGCUGCCUCUCCACAGGAGACAAGACUGGGCUGAUAGAAGUAGUCAUGCAUUCAGACACCAUCGCCAACAUCCAGCUGAACAAGAGCAAUAUGGUGGCCACGGCAGCCUUCAACAAGGACGCCCUGCUGAACUGGCUGAAAUCCAAGAACCCAGGCGACGCACUGGAACAGGCUAUAGAGGAGUUCACUCUGUCCUGCGCUGGGUACUGUGUGGCGACGUACGUGCUGGGGAUCGGGGACCGGCACAGUGACAACAUCAUGAUCCGGGAAACUGGGCAGCUGUUCCAUAUUGAUUUUGGACACUUUUUGGGGAACUUCAAGACUAAAUUUGGUAUUAACAGAGAACGAGUUCCUUUCAUCUUAACCUAUGACUUUGUGCAUGUCAUCCAGCAAGGCAAAACUAACAACAAUGAGAAGUUUGAGAGGUUCAGGGGUUACUGUGAAAAAGCCUACAUGAUUCUGAGGCGCCACGGGCUUCUCUUCCUGCACUUGUUUGCACUGAUGAAAGCUGCCGGCCUGCCAGAACUCAGCUGCUCUAAAGACAUUCAGUAUCUAAAGGAUUCCCUGGCUCUUGGGAAAACAGACGAGGAGGCACUGAAGCACUUCAGACUGAAGUUUAACGAAGCCCUGCGGGAGAGCUGGAAAACCAAAGUGAACUGGCUGGCACACAACGUGUCCAAAAAUAACAGACAGUAGAGCAGUGUCAGCCUGCACACCUGCUCCAAGAGAAUGUAAUACCUGCACUGAGGCCAGCAAUUGCAGACAGGUUUCUAAAGACUGAUGGAUGUUGCCGUGUUGAAGAUCCCUGACCUGCGCUCCCCAACAUCAGCCAUUGCUGCAUGACUGAAAACGUGGUGGACUGUCACCAGCCCCAUCAUCGUGUCUGCUGUAGGUCUGGGGACAAGGGAGAGACGUGAGGCAAUAAAAUCACUGCAUACAGUGAAAGGUAGGUAGAGGUACUGUACACUUCAGAACUCAUUAAGCUUCAAAUACAUCUUCUAAUGGAAGAGUUCAGGCACUUGUAACAUCCUUCCAGUGUGUUGAUGUGUAUAUUUGUUUCCUCAAAAAAUUAGCUGAACACUGAGAAUCUACUAUCCCUGUAGCUCUUAUACUAUAGCCCAUCUUUUCAGAGGCAUUAACUUUCAGUAUACACCAAGGUAGGUCAGCUUAAAUCAUCCCUGAUGCUGACUGGGACAAAUUGUUUUACCCUGCAUUGUGACAGUAAAAAUGUCCAUGUUGUUGUAUUACCUGCUCCCUGCUACAGAGGCCAAAGUGUUCUGAAACUGAACUGGAACUCACCUAUUGCUGUCAAAAAGCUGAUGCCACCAGCACAGGCUUGUGUUGGCCAAGGGGUUAUGUAUUUUUGUUUGCUUUCCUAUGUCAGAAUUUAGUUGAGCCUCAAGCAGGUCCAGGGUUUCUGCAUUUAUUCUGGUUUUAAGCCUGAAAACAGUAAGUUUGAAUUAUCAAAUUGGCAUGUAAUGGUGGUUGCUACACAUACGUCCUGUUGGGGUACGCUAGAGCUAGUUUGCCAUCUGGUUUCCCAGGCAUACAGGCACUGGCCUACACCUCUGGGAUCCCUGGGAUGUAACACUGUAAUUCCAGUGUCAGCUGGGACAGAUGCUGCCAUUCUGUCCCCAAGUUACUUGGCCAGUCUGCCCUCCUGUGUCGGGACAGAGGGGUGCCAGAUGAGUGGGUUUAACACUGAACAGUAAGUUCCAUUGCAACAAAUGUUCUCAUCUUCUUACAAAUGUAUUCCCUAUUCUUUCCACACUCUUCUUUCAACCAUGGUCCACAACUCCUUUUAUUAAGCUGUCUCUCUGUCUGGGGGUUCAGCCAGAGAGCAUCCUGUAGUCAUCUGUGCUAGUACCUAAAUCAGGACAGCCUAUACCAGCCUCUUCCCCUUCUCACCAGUUGCUUCCCUCUCCUUCCCAAGCAGAGUCUGUCCCAUCUCCCACAGGGUGCUAUAAUCAAUCAUGUAUUUCUACUCAUGUGUCAUGUUUGUCUCCAGCUACUGUCCUCACCUGAGCAGUUCUGAGCGCUGGUGUUAUGCAGGGACAGAUGAAAGGAGCCACUGGUGCCUCACAUGAGCAGAGCGAGGGGCAUGAAGCAGGCUGCAGCCUGCAGGUCAUGCUGGAAGAUAGGUGGAGGAGCUGGUUAGGACCUGCUUCCUGCAGACGUGCCCUGGGGGGGAGUCCUUCCCUUUCCCCAUUAUCCCCAACAUCAGGUUCCAACGGAGGUGCUCCAUUCCUGCCUUUUAAGCAACAGUCUCAUUUUCAGGACACCCCUGAAUCCUCUCUUUGAUUUGUGCCCCCUUAACUAGGUUGAGCAAUUUUCUUUUACUCACAGAACUUUCUUUUAAAGUCUUAUGUAGGUAAAAAACCCACCAGCCAUUUCAGAGCCUGUUUCUCAAGUGACAAGAGGUGCAUGUAUUGUCCAAUGAUGGGCUGACUACUCCCUCCUGUAAAUCCAGCUUUCAUGUCUGGCUUAAAGUUCCCAUGAAACCCUCAUGGUUAGGACAGAGACUGAACUGGCCUGUUUGUUCCUAAUAAAUCCUUGGAUACCGGCGGAUUCCCAUACAGUGCAAUGCUGUUGCCAGUUUAAAUUCCGAUUUCAAGUACUUACUGUUUCUUUUCAUAAGGAACUUACUUAUGCUAUGAAGUCUGUUCUGUACUGGUUCAUAUAUAUUAAUAUAAACCAGGCUGCCUCUCACAGAGCACCCAUUACUAGAAGCAGCAGAUACAGCUCAUUUUAUCUCUGUAACCCUUGGAGCUCCCCUUUUUCUACACCUUUCAAAUGAUGCCAUUUGUCACAGAGACAUGGCCAGGACACUUUAAGACCCAAUGGUAUAUAUGAUCCAAAUUACUUUUGGGGACGCUCCUCUGUAGCAGUUCCUCAGCACACUUUUAACAGUGAGCACUGAGGUAUGGCUGCAGUGAGUAACUGGUUUUGCUGCACUUUUUGUGUUUCAGACCCUACUUAGUUAGCUAGAACUGAGGUAGCUCCAUGUCUCCCUGUGACUAUGCAUUUGAGCCUAACACUAGGAAAACAGCAGUGGGUAAAUGUGUACCAACUGUCUGGCAGGAAACACAUCAUUUACUUAGAAGUAUAUAGUUAUUAUGAAACUAAACUGGUCAAAUUAUGAGAGGAACCUAUGAGACAGACUUUUUUUUGUAGCUGUUUUUUAUCAUUUUCUUUCCCUGUGCCAGAUUAUACAGCCUCAAGCUUCACAGGCUUGCAGGGUGCUGGGUGCCACAAGUUAAAUGAGGAGUAGGAAGAUGCUUCUAUCUCUUAGACAAUCCAUUAUCAAAUGCAGAAGUUUCCAUCCAUCCAACAGUGAGUCUGGGCUGUUGUGCUCCUUGGGUUUUUUAACAACCAGAUUUGUGGAGACCCAAACUUAAAGGAACAGAUAGAAAAUUUGCCACAAUUGUGGAAUAAAGUAAGGUUGGUGGGAUCCUCCUGAAAUACUAAAUAGGAAAUGCAAAAAGGAAAAUAAGGCCAACACUCAGGCUCUAACAGGAGUUUUGAUACUAGAAAAUACUGCAGGAUUCAGAGCUCUUGCCAUGCUGAUCAGUGAGAGAACAGCACCAGCCUGAAUCACUGCUCCCUCAGCAGGGAGAGGCUGACCUCCGCCUCCUGUUCCUCCCCUGGGGUGGCGUGUCCAGACGCUGUCUGCUUGCAGAGUCCUCUGUGGCCACACAAAUUUUAGAGACUACAUAAAUAUUGCCAUUUCCUUCCUUACUAAACUGAUUUACAGAGCAAGCAGCAUGCAAAAAUACUAGGCCCCAUGCAAGCUGAGAUGCACUGAAACCACAACCCCCUCAUCAGUGGUUAGCAGAUUCUUGUGGAAGGGAAGAAACACAAUUGUGUACACGUAAAAGCAAUUCUCUUAAGUUGCCACAAAUGAGUACCAGGAUCCUGCCUGUGGCAGCGCAUGGAGGCAGUCCCACCCAGCAGGCUCCUUAGUCAUGCUUGGUACAUGGUGUACAGACUCACAGCUGCUGUUUUGGUCCUGUUUCCAGACACCUCAGGGCCCCUGCAUAGUUCCACAGCAGCACAAAGCAGCAGUGGCUCUUGGCAUCUGUCCUUCCUUCCAUUUUAGAAGUGCAAUAAAACAAAGCCCUAGCAGUAUAAAUGGCAAAACCCGAGCAAUUCCAAAGGUGUUUCUCAAUCCAGCACAGUUCUAUGGAGAGGUUACUCAGUCUAGAAAAUGGACUUACCUGCAAGAAGCGAACACACCAGUGAGUUGGCAGGAGGCCCUUCCUCAUCCACCACUGGAGCAGCUCCUGCCCGAUGCGCUGAUGGCUACACGCUGCGUCAGCAGAGAGCCUCUGACUCCAAACGUACAAAGCAGCAGCUCCCCUGAUAGUUGAAUUGUACUGAAGAUUAAAACUUCAAACACUUUCCAAACUAUGACAUUUCACUAUAAAUAAGUAGCUUCUGGUUUUAUAAACCUGCUCACAAUGACACCCCUUUCUAGUUCUAUUUAUUUAGAGAUGGUUCUGUGUUAUUUUUGUUAACUCUGUACAAACUGAUUGUGCUCAUUCUGUUGCCUUUGACAAGAAGAAAUAUUUUUUUAAGCCAACCUGUGGUUCUGUAAGAAGAGAAUGUUUACAUGUUCAACCUUCAGUUGCUUUAGGUACAUGUUUUGUAAGUCAAGAAAUAAAAGAGAUGAUUGAUAAAUUGUACACAUGUGGCCAAAGUCUUUCUAUACUUGAGAGCUCAACACAACCAGCACAAAACCCUCCUACUGCCACCAGGGAAGCAAAUUAACACACACUUGAUGUAACUUGACACAACUUUGUUCCAUUCAGCAAGAAAUAAAUGCAAACACCCUUUAGAACCAGAAAUUUAUUGUAGCUUAUAGACUUUCCAAACUGACCUGUUACCAAUAUACACAUCUGAAAAGUUAUACCCACAGUGGCUACAAACUGCAUCAGGACGUUUACAACCUUUCAGCAUUACCAUUAAGUCAUGAUCAGUUUUGGUCUAAAAUACAGCAGCUACAGCAACAGUAUAUGGAAGGAUAAGUCUUCUACACAUUAACACAGGACAACUGUCAGACAUAAGUUAAAAGUUUCCCAGUUUACUUAAAACUAGCAGUUAUAUUACCACGUAAGUAGUCAAAACCAUUUCCCCAUUUUAGAAAUCUAAAAUUUUACAUUAAAAAAAACAAACAAACAAAACAAAACCAACCCCCAAACCCAGUAAGCUCCUGGUGUGGGUUCUCCUCCCUGCUUCCAGGUCCACCUACUAUUGGAAAAGGCACUCCGCAGUCAAGCGUUACCCCAGCUAAAAGCCACCGGUAGAUCCCAUCACACAGCGCUAGGUGAGAGGAGGUCUGCUCUGAACAUCAGAACUACGGAUCUGGAUCAAUCCUUAGCUUUUAUGACCCUCUGUACCCCACCCUUUGGCUUGUUGUUGCUCCUCCAGCACAAUGGCCCUGCCUGGCCUGCUGAGAGACACAGGCUGUGCACCGUAGACAAAGGCAGACUACAGACAAGAGCAAGAACUGGAAUGUUGCUUACCGUGCUGAGGAGCCAGUGGAGUCCUAGUCCCCUGUCACAAGCAAAACAAGUUACUCUUUUUAAUCCACCUCCAAAUGUAAAAAUCAAAUAAGCAGAUAUUUGUUAUUCAAGGUUCUGCAUAAGACCAAAUAAAGUUAAAGAAACAAGCCCUGCCUUGCAAAAACCACCAGCACUCUCCACCAUGGGGCCACAACCUCCUUUUCGUACCUUUCAGCUAUUUCUUUAGAAAAGAAGUCCUUUGCAAUUCCAAGUUAGAACUUUGAUCAGAAACAACCAAAAUCAUCUGCACUUGGAAUAGUAUUAACAUGAUUCCCAAGGUUUUUCUGGUUGGAUAAUUUAUGUUAUAGUUUUUCACCAGCAGGAAAACACAAUUACUAAGUGUAAACAAAGGCUUAACACACCAACAGUCCAAGUUACUGUACAAGGGGCUACAGGGAAUGAGCAGGAGUGUGUUUAAUUGACUGGUGUCAGCUAUGCCCCAAAGCAGGCAGCCAGCACACCCAGCUGUGCACACACAGCCAUGGUGCACAGGCACACAGGUCUCACGCUUCCCACCUUCAGGUACCAACAUAUCCAUAACUGAACAACUAACCCCCCCUGCCCGCAGUACAAACAGACCAUCUUGGUACUACAGACAGCCUCACUGUGAUGAACAGGAGCUGUGGCCACCCACCACAGCAACCACACACUGCUUUGCCACCAUCCAAGUAGUGUUUUUACCCCAAUAACUUAAACACCCUUGUGCCAAGAGUUUUAACUGGAGAAGAAAGAAAAGGAAAACCAAACUGUAUUGCACAGGGCAGCUGAACCUCUGCAGAGGUUGCUGAAGCCUUUACAGUUUCUCACCAGCUUGUGUGUUCCCUCUGCAAAAAUAAAGGAGAUUAAAGAAAAGGAAAGAAAAACUAAAGAAAGACCAGAGCAGGGCAUGAGCAAACAUGGCAGUCAAGGCCAAUGACACUGUAUUACUGAAACAUCUACACUAGAUCACGGUGCCCGUGCUCCUGCUGCAGUAGUACGAGACUUGUAAUAUUUCAUGCUGCAUGAUUGCUUUACUUGAGCAUGUUUGAAACCCCAAAUCCCUGUUUUCACUACCACAAAUGACAUAAUUACAUAAUUCCAAGAUAUUUACAAAAUAUUAAAAAGUCUGUUAAUCUUCUACAUAUUAUC